AAUAUCAGUGACGUUGAAAUUCUUUUUAGCCGGUGACAGUCGAAGGUGGAUAUUUCUCGACUGCGCGUCGUCUGCUAACGCGUAAUCGAUUCAUCGAAACUUGAAUACUUUACGAUAACGUUACAAUGACACGUCUGUCCACGUCUCGAGUGUAGGAAUAAAUCUACGUGGUAUAAUUAUCGUUAAACUUCUCGCUACCUUGGACGAUUCGUUCAAUGACUGUCAUCGUCGCACGAAAACGAAAAAUUAUUUCGUAAGGAAGAACAUUUAUCAACUCGUACCGUCAUGUUGAAGGCUGUUAUUCUCAUCGGCAGUCCCUUGAAGGGAACGCGAUUUAGGCCUCUGUCUUUGGAUAUUCCAAAGCCGUUGUUCCCAGUAGCUGGAUUGCCUAUGAUACAACACCACAUCGAGGCAUGUGCCAAAGUGCCUGGGCUCAACGAAGUGCUGAUAAUUGGCGCGUACCCAAAGAAUGAUUUAGCUCAGUUUGUGCAGGAGAUGUCGAGCACUUAUGGCAUCAUUAUCAGAUACCUGCAGGAAUUUACUCCCCUUGGAACGGCGGGAGGCAUGUACCACUUCCGUGACCAGAUCCGUUCAGGCAGCCCGACAUAUUUUUUUAUAAUGAACGGAGACGUCUGUGCUGACUUUCCCCUCCUGGAGAUGUUAGAUUUUCACAGCGGCAAACAGGCGCUGCUCACGAUUAUGGCCACCGAGGCGACACGUCAGCAAUCCUUGAAUUACGGGUGCAUGGUUUUGGGAAGAGAGGGCGAAGUGGCGCAUUACGUAGAAAAGCCUUCGACCUUCGUGUCGACCCUGAUCAACUGCGGAGUGUACCUUGCCUCUCCGGACAUUUUCCAAACAAUGGCGGAUGUGUUUUAUGCGAACCAGCAGCAGGAUCACAUGAUGCAGUUAUGUUGCAACGGCAGAGAUCCAGCGCACAUCGCGUUCGAGCAGGACAUACUUACACGUUUGGCAGGCUCUGGAAGGUUGUUCGCACUUCCCGUGUUCAGAUGGUGGUCGCAGGUGAAGACCGCGGGCUCCGCGAUAUACGCCAAUCGCCAUUACUUGGCUGUCCACAAGCAGAAGCAGCCGGACCGCCUUGCUUCCACGAAUAACGCUUCCUGUAACAUUAUAGGGGACGUAUACAUUCAUCCAUCAGCUACUAUACAUCCGACUUCCACGCUGGGUCCAAACGUGAGCGUGGGUCCGAACACGACUAUCGGGCCCGGUGUGAGAAUUAGAGAGUCGAUUGUACUGGCCAAUGCGCACAUACAGGCACAUUCUCUUAUCCUGCAUAGCAUCAUAGGAACCGGCACCAACGUGGGUGAAUGGGCACGCGUUGAAGGGACUCCUUGCGAUCCCAAUCCUAACAAGCCGUUCGCGAAAAUGGACAAUUUGCCGCUAUUCAAUGCGAAUGGCAAGCUGAAUCCUUCCAUCACGAUACUUGGCACCAGCGUGAGUUUGGCUGCCGAGAAAAUACUACUGAACUCGAUUGUUCUGCCCCACAAGGAACUCACGAGAAACUAUAAGAAUGAAAUAAUUCUUUAAUCAUCUGUCCGUUACAACUGAGACUAACACACAAGCUGCACAAAUGAUAAAGCAUUAAGUACAAUAUACUUUUCGAAAGAUUUUUACGUUAAAUUAGAUUUAUAAAGGGUUUCGAUAAUCUUGUAAUAAUUUUUGGAAUAAUUUUGUAAGAUUGACGUAAGAUAUUUAUGUACAUUGUGUAUGCAUGAUUACAAAUGGAAAUUUUGUACAUAGGAGCAGUGUGGCGAAGCACAAAACCUUUUUAAGGCAUAUCUUAUAGACGCUUAUAUUGUAUAUAUUAUAUAAUUGCCUAUGUACAUGUUAUAUAUUAUGAAA